AUGGAGGUCAAACGAACCCAGGCUUUUGACCGACCUCUCAGCUUAACAAGUACAUCCNAGACCGUACGCAAUCAGGUCAUCAACUUGUUGGCGCAGGGAGGACUCAACAUACGCCAAUGGAGGUCAAACGAACCCAGGCUUUUGACCAACCUCUCAGCUCAACAAGUACAUCCCAAGGUCUUCGGUGACGCGACCACCGUCGAGACCCUCGGUGUGGUAUGGGAUGCAACAGGGGACAUCAUCAGAUUCACUGUGAAUCAAAACGUUACCACACGGGUAACGAAACGGUCCAUCCUGUCAUCGAUAGCAAAGAUCUUCGAUCCACUGGGACUUCUCGGACCGGUUACUAUCCUCGCGAAGCUCAUGAUCCAGCAGUUAUGGCAACUGAAGGUCGAUUGGGACGAAUCCCUUCCAGUUGGCAUACACACCGAAUGGUCAACCUUCGCAGAGGAUCUAGUUCACCUCAACCACUUGUCAUUCCAGAGAAACGUCACCCAAUCGGGUCAUCGCAAGAUCGAGCUUCACGGAUUUUGUGAUGCCAGCGAGCGAGCGUAUGGAGCAUGUAUCUACGUUCGAUCCAUCAGCACCAGCGGCAGGAUACGGGUACAUCUUCUCUGCGCAAAGUCUCGAGUGGCACCACUGAAGACCGUUCCGCUCGCACGACUGGAGCUUUGUGGGGCUUCCCUGCUGGCUACUUUGACGACCUCGGUUCAAGGGGCACUCGGCACCGAUCCCGCAGCCAUCACCUUCUGGACCGAUUCCACCAUUGUUUUGAAUUGGCUCCACAAGGAACCAAGCGGUCUCAAAACAUUCGUUGCGAAUCGCGUAGCGGAUGUUCAGGGUAAAACCGACAUAAACGCGUGGCGACACGUACGUUCCCACGACAACCCGGCGGAUCUGCUAUCCCGGGGACAAGCACCAGCGCAGUUCAUCAAGAACCAACACUGGCGCCACGGACCCACCUGGCUUUCAACACAUAAAUCAACGUGGCCUGAAACAAUAUUCGAGAUUCGGGAGGAUGUAUCGGAGAGAAAACGACUCACUUGUUUCACCGCGACCAUAAACAGUGAGGAAAUUUUGAACCGAUUCUCCUGUCUUUCUAGGUUAAAACAUGUCACCGCGUAUUGCCUACGGUUCAAGAAUCCACGAGCAUUCAGAGGACCUCUCACCAUCGAAGAGAUCCAAUCGGCCACCGUCCGCAUCCUACAACUGGCACAGGCAACAGCGUUUGCAUUGGAUCUUCGUUCAUUGAGAUCCGGCACCGAGCUCCACAAAAAGAGCAAGCUCCUUCCGCUGAAUCCGUUCAUCGACCACCAAGGACUGCUACGCGUCGGAGGCCGUCUCGUAAAUUCGACGCUGUCUUACAAUCAGCGCCAUCCGAUCCUCUUGCCGAAGAGUCAUCAUGUGACCGAACUUAUCAUCCGCCAGGCCCACCUCGAGAACCACCACGCAGGGAUCACGACUACCCUGUACGCCGUCCGGCAGGCCUAUUGGCCCAUCGACGGCAGAAACGCAACGCGGAAGAUCGUGAGGCGGUGCGUCAAGUGCUUCCGUAUGGACCCACCUGCCACAGCCUGCAGCAUGGGAAACCUACCUGCCGCACGAGUAACCGAGCACCGCCCGUUUUCCAAUUGCGGCGUGGACUAUUGUGGUCCCUUUUAUAUAAAAGAGCGACGACAUCGCAAUCGCACUCGACUCAAGGUGUUCGUUGCUGUCUUCAUUUGUUUCUCAACGAAGGCAGUACACCUUGAAGUCGUAAGCGACAUGACCACAGAAGCAUUCAUCGGGGCUUUGCGACGAUUCAUCUCGCGGAGGGGGAUCUGCAAAAACAUCUAUUCCGACAACGGCACCAAUUUCGUUGGUGCGAACAACAUGUUGUCCGAGAUGCACGAGAUCUUGCGCAAUGGUGAGAACAAAAUCCGCCACUUCCUAACGGAGAAGCAAAUCUCGUGGCAUUUCAUCCCGGCGCUGUCUCCGAAUUUUGGCGGCCUUUGGGAAGCCGCCGUCAAAUGCUUCAAACACCACGUGAAGCGCGUGGUAGGAGAAGAACUAUUCUCAUUUGAGCAGUUCAACACUUUCGUGAUAGAGGUCGAAGCCAUCCUCAAAUCCAGACCCUUGACUCCUCUAUCUUCCGACCCGAACGAUCCCAUCGCACUCACUCCUGGCCACUUCUUGAUUGGUGAUUCCUUGACAAGUUUUCCUGAGAUUGAUUUCAGAAAAACUCCCAGCAACCGACUGUCCAAUUGGCAACACAUACAAAAGGUCAAACAAGACUUUUGGGCCCGCUGGUACAAGGAAUACAUCAAUCAACUCAACGUUCGCCAAAGGUGGACCAAGGGGUCGCCCAACAUCACCAAGGGUACCAUCGUCGUCCUGAAGGAGGAUAAUCUCCCACCACUGCAGUGGCGUCUCGGCUGUGUGGUACAACUCCACCCAGGACAGGACGACGUCGCCAGGGUCGUGACCGUGCGGACUUCCCAAGGAGUCUACAAGCGGAACAUGCGACAACUGGCACCUCUGCCCAUCGAGCACAGUGCUUAG